AGUAGACAUCCAAUUUAUAGAGUUCUCACGGAGACGAUUCUGUCCGGAGUCUGUUGGAUUUAUUUAUUCACAAAGGAUAUUUAUUUUAUUUUAGCCACUGGAUCUAACGACACUGUGGAUCUAUGCAAACCCUACGAAUUGUAAGACUUUUUUAAAGUUGAAGAGGAGGAAUGUAUCGUUUCUUUGUGAAACUAACAUUUCUGAUUCCAGCCUUCGUCAUAACAAAAGGUCUAAGAUGCUCUCUACCUACUGAAUCAUGUUUGAACGGAGGGAGGUGUGAAGCCUCUCCCGACGGAAACGGAGAAUGCAAAUGUACCAGUGAUUACGUGGGAAGCCGUUGCCAGUACCCUAGCCCUUGCAGCCCCUCACCAUGCCGCAAUGGCGGCGAGUGCCGCUCCGUAUCCCACGGCAACACCUUUGACUUCCGCUGUGUAUGUCGGCUGGGCUUCUCCGACCGACUGUGCCUCACGCCUACCAACCAUGCCUGCAUGAGCUCGCCGUGUCGCAAUGGAGGGACCUGUGACCUCAUCACACUAUCAGACUACCGCUGCAGAUGCCCGCCUGGGUGGUCAGGGAAGACCUGCCAAAUUGCAAACCCCUGUGCAUCCAACCCCUGUGCAAACGGGGGACAGUGCUCGCCCUUUGAGUCUCACUACAUCUGCACCUGCCCUCCCACCUUUCACGGCCAGACCUGCAAGCAGGACGUCAAUGAGUGUGCCCAGAUAUCCUCACCAUGUCACAACAGGGGAGUCUGUGUGAAUGAGGUUGGAUCUUACCACUGCCGCUGCCCCCAGGAGUACACUGGGGCCAACUGUGAGACCCCCUACAUGCCCUGCAGUCCCUCGCCAUGCCACAACGGGGGCACCUGCAUGCAGAAAGGGGACACUGUCUAUGACUGCAGCUGCCUGCCAGGAUUUACAGGUCAAAACUGUGAGCACAACAUUGAUGACUGCUCUGGUCACAACUGUCAGAAUGGCGGUUUGUGUGUGGAUGGGAUCAAUACCUACAACUGCCAGUGCCCCCCUCACUUUACAGGCCAGUUUUGUACAGAGAAUGUAGACGAGUGUGAACUGAUGCCCAAUGCGUGCCAGAACGGCGGCACGUGCCAUGACACUUACGGCAGCUUCCACUGUGUCUGCGUAAAUGGCUGGACAGGGGAUGACUGCAGCGAGAACAUUGAUGACUGCGCCAGCGCUGCCUGUUAUCCCGGUGCCACCUGUCAUGACCGUGUAGCCUCCUUCUUCUGCGAGUGUCCACACGGGCGUACAGGUUUACUCUGUCACCUGGACGACGCCUGCAUCAGUAAUCCGUGUCAGAAAGGCUCCAACUGUGACACUAACCCUGUCAACGGCAAGGCCAUCUGUACCUGUCCUCCAGGCUACACUGGCUCUGCGUGUAACCAGGACAUUGAUGAGUGUUCUCUCGGGGCCAACCCUUGCGAGCAUGGCGGGCGCUGCUUGAACACCAAAGGCUCCUUCCAGUGUAAGUGUCUCCAGGGUUAUGAUGGCCCACGCUGCGAGAUGGACGUCAAUGAGUGCAUGUCCAACCCUUGUCAAAAUGACGCCACCUGCUUAGAUCAGAUUGGAGGAUUCCACUGCAUCUGCAUGCCAGGUUAUGAGGGAGUGUUUUGCCAAAUCAACACUGACGAGUGCGCCAGCAGCCCCUGUCUGAACAAUGGGAAGUGCAUUGACAGGAUCAACUCUUUCCACUGCGAAUGCCCGAAAGGCUUUUCUGGUGGUCUAUGCCAGAUUGAUAUAGAUGAGUGUGCCAGCACACCCUGCAAGAACGGAGCGAAGUGUUCUGACGGCCCCAACAAGUACACCUGUGAAUGCGCUGAAGGUUACACUGGGCAGCACUGUGAGACUGACAUCAACGAGUGCUACUCAGACCCCUGUCACUAUGGCAUCUGUAAGGACAGCCUAGCCACCUUUACCUGCUACUGUCACCCUGGUUACACUGGCCGCUUGUGCGAGACCAACAUCAAUGAGUGCCUGAGCCAGCCUUGUCUGAACGGAGGCCUUUGCCAGGACAGGGAGAACACAUACAUCUGUUCCUGCCCCAAGGGCACUGCAGGUUUUAACUGCGAGGUGAAUCUGGACGACUGUAAAAGCAAGCCCUGUGAUUAUGGGAGGUGCAUUGACAAGAUCAACGGUUACGAGUGUGCGUGUGAACCGGGUUACUCAGGGGCCAUGUGCAAUAUCAAUAUCGAUGAGUGUGCCAUCAACCCCUGUCACAAUGGUGGCACCUGCAUAGACAGCAUCAACAGCUUCACCUGCCUGUGCCCAGAGGGCUACAAUGAUGCCACCUGUCUGUCGCAGGUGGAUGAGUGUAGCAGUAACCCCUGUAUACAUGGCCGCUGCCACGACCUGGUUAAUGGCUACAAGUGUUUCUGUGAUCCUGGCUGGAGUGGGCCGAACUGUGACAUCAACAACAAUGAGUGUGAAUCCAACCCGUGUAUGAAUGGUGGCACCUGCAAGGACAUGACUAGUGGAUAUGUGUGUAGCUGCCGCCCUGGCUUCAGUGGACCUAAUUGCCAAACUAACAUCAACGAAUGUGCCUCCAACCCCUGCCUGAACCAGGGCACCUGCAUCGACGAUGUGGCCGGCUACAAGUGCAACUGCUUGCUGCCCUAUACUGGGGAAACAUGUGAGACACUGCUGGCCCCAUGCAUCCUCCAGCCCUGUAAGAAUAGAGGAGUUUGUCAGGAGUCUGAAGACUAUCAGAGCUUCUCUUGUAUCUGUCCAGAGGGAUGGCAAGGUCAAACAUGUGAGAUAGACAUCAACGAGUGUGUGAAGAGUCCGUGCCGCAAUGGCGCCACAUGCCAAAACAUGGUGGGAAGCUACCGGUGCAGCUGCCGUCCUGGUUACACUGGCCAGAACUGUGAGAUGGACAUCGACGACUGCAAGCCCAACCCCUGUAGUAAUGGAGGCCUUUGCAGAGAUGGAGCAGACAGCUUCAUGUGUGUCUGUCUGCCCGGGUUCCGUGGUGGCAGGUGUGAACAGGACAUCAACGAGUGCGAGAGUAACCCAUGUAAAAAUGGGGCCAACUGCACUGACUGUGUCAACUCUUACACCUGUACCUGUCCACCUGGCUUUAGUGGAAUUAACUGUGAGAACAACACCCCCGACUGCACAGAGAGCUCCUGCUUUAAUGGUGGCACCUGUGUGGACGGGAUAAAUACCUUCACCUGCCUGUGUCUGCCAGGUUUCACAGGCAGCUACUGCCAGCACGACAUCAAUGAGUGUGACUCAAAGCCCUGCCUCAAUGGGGGCACCUGUCUAGACAGCUACGGCACCUAUAAGUGUACCUGUACUCAGGGCUACACUGGAGUCAACUGCCAGAACCUGGUGCGGUGGUGUGACUCGUCUCCCUGUAAGAACGGAAGCUCAUGUUGGCAGCGGGGCUCUUCAUACACUUGUCAGUGCCAAACUGGAUGGACCGGCCUCUAUUGUGAUGUUCCCAGUGUCUCCUGCGAGGUGGCCGCCAAACAGCAAGGUGUGGACGUGGCUCACCUGUGCCGUAACUCGGGCCAGUGUCUGGAUGCUGGGAACACCCACUACUGCCGAUGCCAGGUGGGCUACAUGGGCAGCUACUGCCAGGAACAGGUGGACGAGUGUUCCCCCAACCCUUGCCAGAAUGGUGCCACCUGCACAGACUACUUGGGGGGCUACAGCUGUGAGUGUCUUCCUGGGUACCAUGGUGUGAACUGCUCUAAGGAGGUCAACGAGUGUCUGUCUCAGCCCUGUCAGCAUGGUGGCACCUGUAUUGACCUCAUAAAUACCUACAAAUGCUCAUGUCCCAGAGGAACACAAGGCAUUCAUUGCGAGAUCAACUUGGAUGACUGCAACCCCUCUUCAGACCCACUGACUCAUGAGCCCAAAUGUUUCAACAAGGGUCAGUGUGUGGACAGAGUGGGCGGAUACCACUGCUUGUGCCCCGCGGGCUACGUAGGGGAGCGCUGCGAGGGGGACGUGAACGAGUGCCUGUCGGACCCGUGCGACCCCCGAGGCUCCUACAACUGUGUCCAGCUCACUAACAGCUACCGCUGCGAAUGUCGUACCGGAUACACAGGCCAGCGUUGUGACAAGGUGUUUGAUGGCUGUAAGGGGAGGCCUUGUAGGAAUGGUGGAACAUGCGCAGUGGCCAGUAACACCCCACAUGGAUAUAUCUGCAAAUGCCCACCGGGCUACACAGGCUCAUCCUGCGAGUACGACUCACACUCCUGUGGUAGCCUCAGCUGCAGAAAUGGCGGCACCUGUGUUUCCGGCCACCUGAGCCCUCGCUGCCUGUGCACCGCUGCAUUCACUGGCCCAGAAUGCCACACACCCACUGACAGCCCAUGCAACACCAACCCUUGCUACAACGGGGGCACUUGCCAGAGCACCACCGACUCACCCUUCUUCCAUUGCAGCUGUCCAACUAACUUCAAUGGACUGCUUUGCCACAUUCUUGACUAUUCCUUCCUUGGCGGCUUUGGCGGGACAUCACACCACCGCCCGAGGUUUGAGGUGAGCUGCGAGAUCCCGCAAUGCGACGAAGGUGCGGGCAAUCACAUUUGCGACUCGCGGGUGAACAACCACGCCUGCGGCUGGGAUGGCGGCGACUGCUCGCUCAACUUCGACGAUCCGUGGCAGAACUGUUCAGCGGCGCUGCAGUGCUGGCGGUACUUCAACAACGGGAAGUGCGAUGAGCAGUGCAAGACCCCUGGAUGUCUCUACGAUGGCUUUGACUGCCAGGGACAGGAGGGGCAGUGCAACCCUAUGUAUGACCAGUACUGUAAGGACCACUACGCAGAUGGUCACUGUGAUCAGGGCUGUAACAACGCUGAGUGUGAAUGGGACGGACUGGACUGUGCCAACAAUGUGCCUGAGAAGCUAGCCGACGGCCACCUUGUCUUGGUAGUCCACAUCCCCCCCGAGCAGCUGAAAAAUGGUUCAUCUGCGUUCCUUCGCGAGCUCAGCAGCGUUCUACACACCAACGUGGUUUUCCGGCGCGAUGGUAACGGCGAGCCCAUGGUGUUCCCCUACUAUGGCAGUGAGCAGGAACUGGCCAAGCACAAUGUGAAACGCUCUACCGACGGGUGGCCCGACUGGGCGGCCGUGCCAGCCGACAUGCUGGGCCAGGUGAAGGAAAGCAUGGCAUCCAUGGCAAACAAACACCGUCGGCGCCGAGAGCUGGACCCCAUGCAGAUCAAAGGGUCAGUGGUAUACCUGGAGAUUGAUAACCGCCAAUGCUAUCAGCAGUCCACGGAUUGCUUCCAGAGCGCCACCGACGUUGCCGCAUUCCUGGGAGCGCUAGCCUCCAGCGGCAAUCUCAAUGUUCCUUACAUAGAAGCCGUCACCAGUGUGCGGCCCAACCCUGACAGCACCGUGUUCUACCCCAUGUAUGUGGUGUUCCUGGGGCUGGCUGUGUUGGGCUUUAUUUGCCUGGGGGUAAUGGUAUCACGGAAACGCAGACGGGAGCACGGACAGCUCUGGUUCCCUGAGGGCUUCAAAGUAUCUGAGCCCAGUAAGAAGAAACGUAGAGAACCCGUGGGGGAGGACUCUGUGGGACUCAAGCCACUGAAAAACGUUGCAGACAUUUCUCUGAUGGACGACAACCAGAAUGGGUUGUGGGGAGAGGAGGAGACAGAAUCUAGACGCUUUAGGUUUGAGGAACCACCCAUUUUGGACCUGCGUGACCACACUGACCAUAGACAAUGGACCCAGCAGCACCUGGAUGCAGCUGACCUACGGAUCCCCUCUAUAGCCCCAACACCUCCUCAGGGAGAGAUUGAGAACGACUGCAUGGACGUCAACGUCCGAGGCCCAGAUGGUUUCACACCUCUAAUGAUCGCCUCAUGUAGUGGUGGAGGCUUGGAGAUCGGUAACAGUGAAGAGGAGGAGGACCCAUCGGCUGAGAUCAUUUCUGACUUCAUUUAUCAGGGUGCCAACCUGCACAACCAGACGGACCGCACAGGUGAGACUGCUCUCCACCUGGCCGCCCGCUACGCCCGUUCAGACGCUGCCAAGCGACUGCUGGAGUCCACCGCCAAUGCCAAUGUCCAAGACAACAUGGGACGCACACCACUACAUGCUGCUGUGGCUGCAGAUGCACAAGGAGUCUUUCAGAUUUUAAUCCGGAACCGGGCCACUGAUCUUGACGCCCGCAUGCAUGACGGUACAACCCCACUGAUCCUGGCUGCCCGGUUGGCUGUGGAAGGCAUGGUGGAGGAGCUUAUUAAUUGCCACGCUGAUGCCAAUGCCAUUGAUGACUUUGGUAAAUCUGCUCUUCAUUGGGCGGCAGCUGUCAACAAUGUGGAUGCAGCCAUGGUGUUGCUGAAGAAUGGCGCUAACAAAGACAUGCAGAACAACAAGGAGGAAACACCUCUCUUUCUAGCAGCCAGGGAGGGCAGCUAUGAGACAGCCAAGGUGCUUCUGGAGCACUUCGCCAACCGCGAGAUCACUGACCACCUGGACCAACUUCCCCGGGACAUCGCCCAGGAGCGAAUGCAUAAUGACAUUGUUCAUUUGCUCGACGAGUACAACCUAGUGAGGAGCCCGGGGCUCCAUAAUGGUCCCAUGAGUGCCACCAGCCUAUCCCCACCUCUGUGCUCCCCCACUGGUUACCUGAGCGGCCUAAAGCCCACCCCCUCGGGAAAGAAGGUCCGCAAGCCAGGUUCUGGAGGGAAGGGCGGAAAAGACUGUGGCAAAGACAUGAGGAUAAGGAAGAAGAAAUCCCUGGAUGGAAAGGGGAGUCUGCUUGACAGCUCAGCAGUUCUCUCACCUGUUGAAUCCCUGGAGUCGCCCCAUGGUUACCUGUCCGACGUGACGUCGCCGCAGAUGACAUCGCCAUUCCAGCAAUCUCCACCCAUAGCCUUCAACCACAUGCAGGGCAGUGGAGACAACCACGUGGGUCAGAUGGGCAUCAAUAAGGGGCAGGGCAGUGGGUGUAUGCCUUUUGACCCCAACCCUCCCCGCCUGUCCCACAUGCCCGUUUCCAGCCCUGGCUGCCAGGGAACAAUCACAAUGGCCAUGGGCUUAGCUGGAGGCAGAGGAGGACAGUGUGAUUGGCGGUCCAGGAUGCACCCAGGUCUUGGACAGCAGGGCGGCUUCAACCAAGGCCCUUCUAUGUCCCAUAGUAUGAUGGCUCCCCUCCAUGGGGUCGCAACCGCCACCCUAUCCCAGAUGAUGGGCUACCAGGGCCUGCAGACAAGCCAUCUGGGUACGCCGCCUCAUCUCAUGCAGCAGAUGCACUCCCGGCAGAACCACCAGCUCCAGCACCAGAACUCCAACUCCACCACGGCCGGCCAGACACUGAGCCAGAAUUUCCUGAGCAGCGAACUAAGCGGCUCGGACAUGCAACAGGGCAACGGGACAGGCCACUCGGUCCCCAUCCACACCGUUCUCCCCCAGGAGACCCAGAUCCUCAGCACCCAGUUCCUUACUCCGCCUUCUCAGCACAGCUAUUCCGGCCCUAUGGACAACACACCUAAUCACCAGCUGCAUGUACCUGACCACCCUUUUCUAACUCCCUCCCCUGGAUCCCCUGACCAAUGGUCCAGCUCCUCUCCACAUUCCAAUAUGUCUGAUUGGUCAGAGGGUAUCUCCAGUCCUCCAAUGAGUUUGCAUUCUCAGAUGGGCCUAAUCCCUGACCAGUUUAAGUAAAAUGGGUCACAGAGAAAAAUGAACAAAAGAACUUGUGAAAAAUAAAAAAUAAUUUUGAAUGGACAGAACAACAACAGCUGACCAGACUGAAGAUUCAACUUUUUUAUUACAAUGUUUUUAUACUAAUGACAAGAACUGACAAGAAAUGUAUUACAUUUUUUGUAUUUAUUUAUGUACUUUUUGACAUGAUAUAAAGAAGAUGCUUUUAUAUUUAUGCUUUUUUAUUUUGGGAAAGGGAACCUGGGCUUGAGGCCACUGUCUCUGCAUGUGUGAGAUUUGUGAGAACAGAAAAAAUUAAUGUCUAUUUACUGUGACACACUGUGCGAACUGUGCAAACACUGGCUAUUUAUUGGUGUCUUAUAUUGCCCUCAUCAUUUGAUCAUGCACCAAUUUUGACUGUAUUAAUUUGGGAGUGCAUUGUCAUUAAGAUGUUUUGUAUACAAAUAUUUUUGUUUUAAUUUUGGACUUUUAUAUGUUUUUUUUUUAUUGAAGUUCCAGGAUUCAUUGAUAAGAUUUAUAUCCUUGUCUUUUUAACUGAAACAAUUUUGUUACUGAUCUGCAAAUCUUUUAAGUCUUAACACUGUAUGUGCUAGAGAAGGGAUGAUCAAACAUGUCUUUAAAUGUGUUCAAAAUGCCACCAUUGUCCGUUGAAUGGUUGAUUACUGCAGUACAAUUAGAUUGAGGGAUGAGAAUUAUUUAGUCAAGAGAUCUGGGACCACCAUAACUUUUUUUAAACAACACGGGGUAGGUAGUAUCAUCAAAUCCUCAUCAGCUAAGACCAACUGGAAACAUUUUUGCUCAAAGUGCAACAGAUCCAGGACCAGAAAAUAAGAUAAAGGCCCACACCUCUAGAAUGGAUCCUGUUUCAAUUACAUGGUGGUUGUCUGUGAUGUCAUAUCUGAUUAUUGCUCUGUCUGGUCUAUACAACGUUUUAGACAUGCCGUAUUCUAUAAUUGGCAACUUUGCUUUUUGAAAGUCAUGUUUGAUGAUAUUCCCAGUGAGUGUCUUUGAAAUAGAGAAUGCUUUUUGUGUCCGUGUGAGAGAAAAGAGGAUGUUUUUCAUGUCUCAUGACAAACAGCGCUUUGUGAGAAGCUUGGUGUAGAUGUCUGAUAUGUCAUGUUUUAUAAACUAGACCUGAGAUAAAAUUGUAAUGCAAAAGUUUGCAAAGAAAAGUAUUUCCUGUCAAAAGUUGGUUGUAAAAUAUCUUGAUUCAAUAAAGGGGACUGUUAAGCUUGCA